AUGAGAACUUCGGACUUUGUUUUAGUCCCGAGCACCUUUGGACUUGUGUGGAGAAAGCGCUACAUCAGCAACAGUUCCAAUGAGGGCCAUUUGACUCAACUGUUGAUGGAUAUGCCAGAAACCAACCCCGAAACCCAACUGCUUGUGGGGCAGAUUGACGAGCGUGAUGGCUUCUCCUUGUCCACGUCUAUGGAGGAAGGUGACCUCGGCUUGGGGGAGUCACCAGUGGAGAAGGUGAAUGGAAAAGACAUCACUCAGGACAUAGCAGGUGCUGAGGAGCUGAGGCUGGUGGAUGGAGGCAGCCCCUGUGCCGGGAGAGUGGAGGUUAAACACCAGGAUCAGUGGGGGACGGUGUGCGAUGAUGGCUGGGACAUGGCAGAUGCUGGGGUUGUCUGUAAGCACCUGGGAUGUGGAGAUGCUGUCAGUGCCCCUGGCUCAGCUCAUUUUGGAGCAGGAUCUGGAAAAAUUUGGCUGGUUAAUGUUGCCUGUCGUGGUACCGAGUCUGCUCUCUGGCACUGCGGGAACGUGAGACGGGAAGUGUUUUCCUGCAGUCAUGGAGAGGAUGCUGGAGUGACCUGUUCAGUCACCCAGUUACCUCAGUUGCCAGAGGCUCCUAGGUCUCCUCCACAGUCCCCCUUUGGCUGGGGAGACAGUGCUUACUCCCUGCUGGCUGCCUCGGCUGGCAGGCUAGUGACCCUUCCCCUCAGCUUCGAGGGCAAGGCACUUCUCCUCAAAGCGGGCUACUGCCUGAGAGAGGAUGUAGUGCCAUUGGGGUCGGUUGGUGGCUUGCUCUUCCCAGCUUGUGAUGUCCACCCUCCUGGCCCCGGGCCUCUGACCAGGCUCUCGGUGGCUCCUCCAAAACUUCCCCCGGAGGAGCUUUACCAGGGCCUGCUGCUCCUCCGCCAGCUGGCCCAACUGUUCAUGGAGGGCCCAAUGCACCUCCCAGAGUCCCUGUUGGGACACAUUAAGCCUCGGCUGGUUGCAGGGGACAGUGCCUGCUCAGGACGUGUGGAGAUAAUACAUGGAAACACAUGGACCACAGUCUGUGAUGCACACUUUGAUCUCAAAGUUGCCAACGUUAUCUGUAAUGAACUUCAGUGUGGAAUAGCUGCAUCUAUCCCAGGAGGAGCUCACUUUGGAGAAGGACAAGGAAAGAUCUUGACUGAAGAAUUCCAGUGUGUGGGGAAUGAGUCUCUCCUGCUCUCCUGUCCCAGGAAAUCACAAGAAAAUCAGACGUGCUCACACACAAAUGAUGCUAGUGCCAUAUGCUCACGGUACACAGGGUUCCGGCUGGUGAACGGCAGCAUAGCGUGCUCAGGGAGGGUGGAGAUCCAGGUUCUUGGUGCCUGGGGAACCCUCUGUGAUUCACGCUGGGAUUUACUGGAUGCCAACGUUCUCUGUCAUCAGCUCGACUGUGGGUUCGCUGUAUCGGCUCCGGGAGGAGGGUAUUUUGGGAAGGGAAAUGGCUCUGUCUGGACAGACACAUUUUACUGCAAAGGGACUGAACCUCAUUUGGGCCAUUGCCCUGUUACUGCCCUGGGAGCCUCUCAGUGCUCACAUGACAAUGAUGCCAGUGUGAUUUGCUCAGAAGACCUGUUUGAAAAUGUUCAAGUUUUCCAACUGGGAUCUAUCCCUGCAGGGAGCAGGUGGAUCAGACUGGUGAAUGGGGCAGGUCGCUGUGCCGGGAGAGUGGAGAUUUAUUACAAUGGCAGCUGGGGGACAGUCUGUGAUGAUUCCUGGGACCUGCCAGACUCCAAUGUCGUUUGCAAACAACUGGGAUGUGGACAUGCCAUCAAUGCAACUGUCUCUGCUCAUUAUGGGCAAGGAUCCGGGCAGAUCUGGCUGGAUGAUAUGAACUGUUCUGGGAACGAAUCUGAUCUCUGGACGUGUCCUUCCAGGGGCUGGGGCCAGCACAACUGCAGACACAAAGAGGACGCGGGAGUUCUUUGCUCAGAGUUCACAGAUCUGAGGCUGGUGAGCGACAGUGACUGUGCUGGGCGACUGGAGGUUUUCUACAAUGGGACGUGGGGCAGUGUUUGCUACAAUCAGAUGUCUGGAGUCACCCCAGCAAUUGUCUGCAAACAGCUGAACUGUGGAGAUGGAGGGCAGAUGGCAAGAGACUUGGAAUAUGGAGCAGGUUCUGGUCCCACGUGGCUGGACCAUGUUACAUGCAGUGAGCAGCACAGCUCCCUCUGGCAGUGCCCGUCAGAGCCCUGGAAUCCAAAGUCAUGUGAUAACCGAGCAGAAGAGACCCAUAUUUCUUGCACUGACCAGGAGAAGUUACGUGUCAUGGGUGGAGAGGACAGAUGCUCGGGGAGAGUGGAGGUUUGGUACCGUGGCUCCUGGGGAACAGUUUGUGAUGAUUCCUGGAACAUGGCAGAUGCUAACGUUGUGUGUAAACAACUGGGCUGUGGAUCUGCUGUAUCUGCCCUGGGCGAGGCUGCAUUCGGUGAGGGCACGGGUCCCAUCUGGGUGGAGAAGUUGAAUUGCAGAGGGACAGAGUCAUCUCUCUGGGACUGUCCUGCCACGCCCUGGGGUGAGAGUAACUGUGACCAUAAGGAAGAUGCUGUCGUGAAUUGCGCAGGUCUGACAGAGAGGACAGAUUCUCCGAAUACCCCAGCUCCUCCGCGCCGCCCUCUGACCGACAGUGGGAGAGUCACGGUGCCCAUGAUCGUCUGCAUUAUCCUGGGGGCCCUGCUCUGCCUGGUCUUAAUCAUCCUGGGGGCGCAGGUGCGAAGUGCCAGGGCACAGCGCAGAGGCUCCAGAAGACCUUUGGAUCCCUUCUCUGAGGCCGUGUACGAGGAGAUUGAUUAUAACCUGAUGAGAGAAAAGCAGGAGAUGUUCAGUCGCUCAGUCUCCUAUUCAGAUGACUCAGUGACGAAGCUGCAAUAUUACACCGGGGACAGCGAGGGGGAAAACGAUCCCGGAUCAGAACAAG